AUGGCGUCCAGGAUAGUUACUCCAUCAGCCCUGCGGCGCGCCCUCGUCCCGCGCAUUUCGCCCGCUCGGCUUUCCGCACUACCUUUUGCUGCGCCGACCACCCGCUCGCCUCUCCGCGCCUACAGACCAGCCCUUCGCGUCGCCGGCCAGAGGCGAACCCUCUCGAACACUGCCCGCACGCGCCUGGCCGAUGUCGACGAUUCCUUCGACCCCAGUCAAAUUGACCGCGAGGCUGAUCAAGUCGAUGUUUGCAUCAUCGGCGGCGGGCCCGCAGGCCUCAGCGCCGCCAUUCGCCUGAAGCAGCUCGCCAACGAAGCAGGCAAUGACGACUUCCGCGUUCUGCUAUUAGAGAAGGCUGGCGAGAUAGGAGACCACAUCGUGUCCGGAAAUGUCGUCCAACCUACCGCCCUAGACCAGCUCUUGCCCGACUGGAACUCGGAAGAGAACCCCAACCGCUUCGAGCACGCCACCCCUGCAAAGAAAGAGAUGAUGCGCUUCCUCACCUCGAACAAGUCCGUCUGGCUACCGGUGCCCCCGCAGAUGAACAACCACGGCAACUACAUUAUAAGUUUGAACCAAUUGGUCAAGUGGCUUGGCGAGCGUGCCGAGGAGGUUGGUGUGGAGAUCUACCCGGGUUUCUCUGCCUCCGAGGUCCUCUACACCCCCGAUGGCUCCGUCAAGGGUGUGGCAACGAAUGACCAGGGCAUUGCCAGGGAUGGCACCCCCAAGGAUUCGUUCGAGCGCGGCAUGGAGUUCCACGCCCGGUGCACACUCCUCGCUGAAGGCUGUCACGGUAGUCUGACCAAGCAGGUCGUCAAGAAGUACGACUUGAGGAGGGACUCGGAACAUCAGACCUACGGCCUUGGCAUCAAGGAAGUUUGGGAAAUUGACCCCGAGAAAUUCGAAUCUGGUCUGGUGGCUCACUCGCUCGGAUACCCGCUUCCCAAGGACACAUACGGCGGCGGCUGGAUGUAUCACUUCGGCGACAACAUGGUUAGCAUCGGUCUGGUUGUUGGAUUGGACUACCCCAAUCCUUGGCUCUCCCCUUACGGAGAGUUCCAGAAGAUGAAGCAGCACCCGUUCUACAGGAAGUAUCUUGAGGGAGGCAAGUGCAUCUCAUACGCAGCCCGUACCCUGAACGAGGGCGGUUUCCAGUCAAUUCCGAAGUGUGCAUUCCCUGGCGGCGCUCUAAUUGGCGAUACUGCCGGUUUCCUCAAUCUCCCUAAAAUCAAGGGUACACACACGGCGAUGCAGUCGGGAAUGCUGGCCGCUGAAGCUGCAUACACGGCUCUUAGCGCCAAUUCGGAUGACGGAACUAUUUUCCUGUACGACUACGAAGACAAGUUGCGAAAUUCGACCAUCUGGAGCGAAUUGAAGGAAGUCCGCAACAUGCGCCCCUCUUUCCACAACCCGCUAGGACUGUACGGUGGUGUUUUGUACUCGGGAAUCACAGCAUUCGUCCUCAAGGGCAAGGAGCCGUGGACUUUCAAACACGGGAAGCCUGACUACGCCGCCACUAAGCUUGCCGAUCAGAGCCAAAAGAUCGAGUACCCCAAGCCGGACGGCAAGAUCAGCUUUGACAUUUUGACCAGCGUCAGCCGCUCUGGUACCAACCACGAGGAGGACCAACCGGUUCACCUGCAAGUCAAGGACUGGGAUGCGCACGCGCUCAAGGAGUGGCCCCGAUUCAAGGGCGUUGAAAACCGGUUCUGCCCCGCCGGUGUGUACGAAUAUGUAGAGGAUGAGAGCAAGGACCUUGGCGUGAGGUUCCAAAUUAAUUCCCAGAACUGCGUUCACUGCAAGACGUGUGACAUCAAGGCCCCUUCGCAGGACAUCAACUGGGUUUGCCCCACCGGUGGCGACGGUCCCAAGUACUACAUGACAUAA